AUCUGAUAGGUCACAUACAGUCAUACAACCGACACGACCGGUUGCUACUACACAGUACACAGUACACGCCAGUUGACGCCAGUCUCUCCCACUAGCUGUCAGUGAAUCGUUGUCAAUAUGGCUAAAAUACACAACUUCGGCGCAGGACCAGCUAAGUUGCCUGAACAGGUAUACGAAUUGAUCAAAAAUGAGUUAACCAACUUCGAAGGAACGGGUAUUAGUUUACUGGAGACGAGUCACAGAACUGCCCCAUAUUUGAAGCUCAACACAGAGACACAGAAUGUCGUCAGGAGGCUACUGGACGUACCUAACAACUACAAGAUCCUGCUGCUGCAGGGCGGCGGGCAGGGCCAGUUCGCUGGGGUGCCCCUCAACCUCAUCUCGAGAACCGGCACUGCUGAUUAUGUCGUCACUGGUGCCUGGUCAGCCAAAGCCGCCAAGGAGGCGAAGAAGUAUGGCAAGGUGAACAUGGUGCUGAACAUUGACAAAUACACCGGCAUCCCCGACCAGUCCGAGUGGAAGCUCGACCCCAACGCCUCAUACGUUUAUAUCUGCACCAACGAGACUAUACAUGGAGUGGAAUUUGACUUCAUUCCCGACACGAAGGGAGUUCCUCUAGUUGCCGACAUGUCUUCCAACUUUAUGUCCAAGAAAGUCGAUGUUUCUAAGUUCGGAGUAAUCUUCGGUGGUGCACAGAAGAACAUCGGCACAGCGGGCGUGGUGAUGGUGAUUGUGAGAGAGGAUCUCCUCAACCAGGCACUCCCGGUGUGCCCCUCCGUCCUGGACUGGACGGCCAACGCCAAGGCCGACUCCAUCCUGAACACGCCGCCUAUGUUCGCUAUCUACGUGAUGAACCGAGUGCUACUGUGGAUCGAGCAGCUGGGCGGGCUAGAAAAGAUGGCCGAAUUAGCCACCAAGAAGUCCGCAAUGGUCUAUGACGUCAUCGACCAGUCCAACGGCUUCUACUACGCGCCAGUUGCCAAGAAGGAUAGAAGCAAAAUGAACAUCCCCUUCCGAAUUGGCGCGGCGACGGGAGAUGAUGCGUUGGAGAAACAGUUCUUGAAGGAGGCUGAAGCGAUGAAGCUUAUCCAGCUUAAAGGACACAGAGACGUCGGCGGUAUCAGAGCAUCCACAUACAACGCUGUCACAGUUGAGGAAGUGGCGACUCUUGUCGCCUUCAUGAAAGACUUCAUGAAGAGACAUGCUAAGUGAUUUUGAACUCUCUUGUCUUAAAUUUAAGAAUUUAAAUCAAAUAAGAUUAUAUAGACUUAUUUAUCUGGUUACUAUUUUCAUGUCAAAUAACAUUAAGUUUUAAAUCUAAACUAUCAACCGACGACGUAUCUACAUUAUAAACAUAUCUUUGUCCUUUAUUUAAAGCUGAAAGACUGUAAGUCCUUAUUGUUUUUAAAAUAUUAUUGUAAUAAUUAAUGUAUUACUUUUAUUACAAUAUUAUAAGUUAGAUGUUAAGUAAAACGAACAAUUUGAAAUUGUGGCUGUGUUGAAAAAUUAUAUUUUUGAUAAA